UCAUAUAUAUUAAACUUUUUGGCUAUCUAUUUGAACAGUUUGUCUGCUCUCGAUUUCUUCGUGUUUGGAUCCUUCUUUUAAUUUUCUUUUGUUAAGUUCUGUGAAUUUCUCUCCAAAAAAGGAAAAAAAAAAACCACAGAGAGAGAGAGAGAGAGAGAGAGAGAGAGAGAGAUCCAUAUUGGAGACGCCUCUUCAACCAUCGAAGUUUGUUUAGUGUGCUGUUCUUAGUCUUGUUUGAUUAAAAAAGGAAAAAGAAAAUCAAGGAGGAGGCUUUCCCAUCUGCGUGAGAGAUGGCAGAGGUUGGUGCCACCAGAGCUGCAGCAGCAAGAUGUACUGAAAUAUUGAUAGAUAUAGUAAUGAAGGAACUUCCAUAUUUGUGUUGUUACAAGAGUUAUGCUAUUAACUUUGAACGGAAAAAAGAAGAAUUGUCGGCUGCAGUGGAGAGCUUGGGCAUAAAGCUAGAAGAAGCUAAAACAAGAAACGAGACUCAAAUUGACCCUAUAAUUAAGCAAUGGGUUCAAAGAGCUGAAAGCCUUAUUGGAAAAAAAACAAGACCAAAGAAAUGGUUUGGUUUAUGUACGAACUAUUUUUCGCAACAUUCGCAGGCCAAGGAAUUGGAAAGAAUGACGCAAGAGAUUCCAAUGAUGAUGGAGAAAGCUGAGAACUUCUCUCAAGUGGCACAUUCAGUUGGGCAUCCAGGCAUGCAAUUUUAUUCACAAGAGUUGUUUAUACAUUUUGAGAGUAGAAAGUCAAUAUUUAGACAACUUAAGGAGGAACUGGAAGAUGACAGUAAGUAUAGGAUUGGGUUGCAAGCAAUGGGAGGUUCAGGAAAAACCACCAUGGCAAAAGCAGUUGGGAAAGAACUUGAAACUUCAAAGGCAUUUAAUAAAGUUAUCUUCAUUAAAGUUCCCAACCCUCUUGAUAAGAAAAAGAUACAAGAUGAAAUUGCAAAGAAGUUGGGUUUGCAGUUAGAGGAUGAAAAGAGUUUAACACAUGCUGAACAAAUAUGGAACAGAAUUGAUAAUGCUGGAAAUAUACUUAUAAUACUUGAUGAUGUCUGGAAAGAGCUCAACCUUGAGAACAUCGGGAUUCACCAUGGCAUCCAUAGCAAAGGCCGCUGUUGUAUUUUGCUAACCACACGUUAUGAGAUGGUUUGUACGAGCAUGAGAUGCCAACAUAUGAUUCAACUGAAGGUCUUACCUGAGGAAGAUGCUCUGGAUCUUUUCCUAUUUCACGCUAGUGAAAAUGGGAAUGAUUGUCCUAAUAGAAUGAAGGUGGUGGCAUCAAAAAUUGUGAACGAGUGUGGAAGGUUACCAGUUAUAGUUGUAGCAGUAGCAAAAACUAUAAGAAACUGGUAUUCAAAUGAAUGGGAGGUUGCUUUUGCAGCAAUGGAAAAAGAUGCACGCUUUAGACAUGAGAUUGCUGAUGAAGAAGCAAAAAAGUUUUAUAAUUCUCUGAGAAUAAGCUUCAAGUGUCUAGAUAAAAGAGUCCAAGAUUUCUUCCUGCUGUGUUCUAUAUUUCCAAGAGCUUAUGAAAUACCAGUAGAGCUUUUAAGUAGAAUUGCUAUAGGUUUGGGGCUUUGUGGAGAUGUUGACAACUUCUGUACAGCAAGAAGUCAAUUUCUUCCUAUUAAAAACACGCUUGUAAGUUCUGCUUUGCUGUUGACUGCUGGAGAAGGAUGUGUAAAGAUGCAUGAUGUCAUUCGCGAUGUAGCCCAACAUAUAGCAAAUGAAAAGAUUCAAGUGAUCGCUAAUUCAGAGACAAAAUUAAAGGAGAAUACUAAAUAUUCAUGCUGGAUCACAAAUGACUUUUCCAAUCAUUUUGAGGGUAGCAGUCUUGAGGCUCUUCUAGUAUGGGUAAAUGCAAAUGGUUCUUUGAAUGUUCCAAAUGAAUUCUUUGGAGGUAUCAAGCAUCUUAGAGUUUUGCUUUUGUAUUCUAAGAUUGAGUUUGAGAGAACUUUAGCUCUGUCACUGCCAAAAUCAAUUGAAUCACUAGAAAAUAUCCAAACACUGUCCCUCACAAAUUGGAAUUUAGGUGAUAUAUCUAUUUGGAGAAAUCUAAAAAAACUCCGAACUCUUGAACUGACUAACUGUUCAAUUAUUGAAUUGCCUAAUGAUAUUAGCCAACUGGAGAAAUUAAGACUGUUAGCCUUGGUAUGUUGUUCAAUCAAAAAGAUGAAUCCAUUUGAAGUGGUUGGAAGAUGCUCAAAACUAGAAGAAUUGUAUUAUGUUUCAAAUGACGACACUCUUAACAUUAAUGCAAAGCCUUCUAAAAUUUCGGUUCUUCAAGAAUUUGGAACGUACUAUAUAGAGGGCCGCUCCUCUAUGCGUUCUUUUCAAUUGGAUGCUUCAACGAAAAGGUAUUUCAAUUCAACCAAGUUAAGAGGGAUCUUGUCUGAAAACACAGUUAAAUCCCUAGCAGCAAGAGCAGAGAUUCUCGAGCUAACAGAAUGUAAUGAAAUAAAAUGGACAAAUCUGAUUCCUGAUAUGGUACAGAUAGAAGAUGGAGGUAUGAAUGACUUAAUUAGGCUUUGUUUGAGAUCUUGGCCUGCAAUACAAUGCCUAAUCUGUACAAAUGGCAUUCAAUCUGAUGCAACUAUCUUCUCCAAUUUAGUCGAGCUUCAACUUCAUGAUAUGCAUGUGAGGGAAUUAUGUCGUGGGGAUUAUCCUAAUGGCUUUCUCAUGCAACUAGAGAAGCUAGACUUAAGUCAUUGUGUUGAACUAGAUGACACAUUAUUCAAGGGUAAGCUAGAGCUGAGUAAUCUCAAGUCCAUACAAAUAGUGGAUUGUUCAAUGACAUGCCUUUUCCAUCCAUCCGCAGCUCAGAGUCUAAACCAAUUAGAAAAUUUGUACAUAAAAAGAUGUUCGAUGCUGGAACAAAUAAUAAGUGAUGAUGAGAGAUUAGAAGAGAAGAAAGUGAAUGAUCAUCAUGUUCUUAAUCAAAAGAUUCAUGACACAGUGCUCCCAAAGUUGAAGUUUCUCAAGGUUCAAGAUUGUCCGGAAGUAGAAUUUAUCUUGCCAAUUUGUUCUUGUAAAUUGCUGGAAAGUGUGAAAAUCAAUGGGUGUGAUAAGCUGAGAUACAUAUUUGAGCAAGGUCUAAAGGAGGGAGGUUUGUAUCAAAUGGGAAAUGAAAUCAUAAUCCCUUUACUAAUAGAAAUAGAAAUUGUGAACGUACCAAAAUUAAUCAACAUAUAUCCAGAAUAUCAUCUCUCGAAGCCUUCCCAAUUGCAAAAAUCAUGGAGUCCUCUCUGCUGCUUGUCAAAAUCAAGUGCCUCAAGUAAAGAUGACCCAUCUUUUUCCAAGGCCACACGACUGGACCAUACUCAGGCACUAAAGGAGAAAUAUCUUCUCAACAAAGCCCAUGGGCUUUUUACAUCACUGUUGUACCCAUACAAAAAUUUGAGAAUGAUGAGGUUAGAAGGAUUUCCUGAGUUAAGAUCAUUGUUUACCCUAUCCGUUGCCUCAUCCUUGAAAUUGUUGAAAAAAUUGGAAGUUAAGGAGUGCGAUGCGCUGGAGCAUAUAGUAAUAGAUGAGAGGCAUUAUGGUCAUGAUCACACAACUGUCAACUCUAUCUUCCCGAAGUUACAACAAGUUCAUGUUUGGCGUUGUAGCCAUUUGGAAUCUAUAUUUCCAGCUUUUUAUUCAAAUGACUUUAUGGAUUUGGAAUAUGUGAAUAUCAGGAUGGUUGAAAAGCUGAAACAUGUAUUUGGAAAAUGUCAUAUUGAUCAAAAACGUAAUGACCGGAUUGAACUUAAUCUCCCAGCUCUGAAACAACUGUACCUUGUUGAUGUACCAAAUAUGGUUAGUAUUUGUGCUGAAAACUAUCAUGUGAAGGCAUUAUCUCUGCAAGUUAUUAGUUUGGAAAAAUGUCUGCAACUUCAUUCAAAAACUGUUGGAGAUUUAUUGGCUGACGUGCAAAGAAAGAAACAAGAUUUUCCAAAGGGAAAGUUAAGGCUCUUUUCAACUUCAUUUCUAGCAGAAUUCUCAUGUCAACAAGGGGAAAAUAAAUUCACUUUUUUAUAUGUAAUCCAGGCAUCAAAGGCAAAGUCUGUUCCCGGCAAUACAAUACAUGGACAUUUUAGUCCACCAUUAUCUCAAUGCAAUUUGAUAGAGAUUAAGAUAAUUGGAUUUUCCAAGUUAACAUCACUCUUUACCCUUUCCGUUGCUUCAUCACUAAAAUUGUUGGAAAUAUUGGAGGUCCACAAGUGUGAUGCACUAGAGCACAUAGUAACAGAUGAGGGGCAUUAUGGUAGUGAUCAUCUAAAUGUCAGCUCUAUCUUUCCCAACUUAAGGCAGGUUUAUGUUUGGGAAUGUAGCCACUUGGAGUAUAUAUUUCCAGAUUUUUAUUCAAGAGACUUGACUGAUUUGGAAGCUAUUAACAUCCGGAGUGUUGAAAAGAUGAAAUAUGUGUUUGGAAAAUGUCAUGCGGAUCAGAAUCAUAAUGUUCAAAUUGAACUCAAUUUCCCAGCUAUAAAAACUUUAUACCUUUAUGGUUUACCAAGUGUGGUUGGCAUUUGCGUUGAAAACUAUCAUGUAAAGGCACUACACGUAGAAGAUAUUAGUUUGAAACAUUGUCCACAACUUCCCAUAAAAUUUUUUAUAGAUUUCCUGGUUGGCGAGCAUAAAAGACAAGAUCUCUCAAGGAGAAAGGAGAAAGGAAAGGCUCUUUCCAACUUGCAAGAGUUGCCUGAGUCAGGAGACGUAUGUGUGGGACCUACAAACUAUCUGAGCUUUUGGAAUCUUUCCACGUUGAUAAUUAAAGGAUGCAAGCAAUUGAAAUUUAUAUUGUCUGCAUCUACCUCGAGAUGCCUACCAAGGUUGAGAAUGCUAGUGGUAUCAUUAUGUGAAGAGUUAGUGAGCAUCAUUGAGGAUGAAGAUAAUGAGCAGAAUGCUAUGGGUCUGCAUCAAGUAUGUUUCCCAGAGCUCAGUGUACUUCAAGUGAAGCAUUGCAAGAGUUUGAAAUGCCUAUUCUCUAUCUCCACAUAUGGUAAGCUUCCACGACUCUCGUUUUUGAGUAUAGAAGAUGCCCCAGAGCUUGUGCAAGUAUUUAGAUGGAACGAAGGUAUGCCACCAGACUUGGCCAUGAAGGAUGUUCUCCCAAAUCUAUUUUCAAUGCAACUGGUAAAUCUACCAACUCUUCAUGCUCAAGGAAUUGGCUUCCCAAUUGUGAAAAAUUGUCUUGUGCAUGAUUGUAACAAUAUCCCUUCAGCUAAUGCUAGUUCUUCUGAAUCAUGUAUUUCGAGUCAUGCUUUUGAGAGGCAUGAAGAAGAAUCAAAGGAAGCCCUUGAGAAAGACAGGACAAUGCUAGAACAGAACAGUUCGCCAAAUCUUGUAAAGAUUGAAGAGGUAUCGAAAGAGGGUUUUGAAAAAGACUCCACAGAUAGUUCAUUAAAUUUGACAGAGAUUGAAGAAACAGUGGGGGCAAGUGUUCUAAAAAGUCAAAAAUCAGAGGAAGUUGUAUUGGCAGAUGAAGCCAAGGAUUUAGAGCUAAGCAACGUACAUUCACCAUUUUCUAGUACGUUACAAAGUGAAUCUCCACAGGAAUUACGUGGAAAGGAAUCAGUGGCUGGUCAGCAAGCACUUGGAGAAAGUAGAAGCUCUAAUGAAGCUUCUCAAAGAGUUGAAGAACCUGCCAAUCAAUGUUCUUCUAAAGAAAUAUCACUCAAAAUGGCAUUGGCAAUUCCACCAUCUAUUAUUGGAAUGACCUCUCCACAGAAGCCUCAAAUAGCAACUUCAGCGACUCAAGUGGACUUAGGGUGCUCAAAGUCGGACUUGUUACAUAUUUCUGCUAUUAGUGAUCAAUCUGUGCAAAUUGAAGAAGAAGGAUCUGAAAAUAUUAUCAGAGAAGACUCAGCAAGGCUAGAACAUGCAAAUGCUUCACCAAAUUUGGAAAACAGUGAAGAAGCAUCAAAGAGGAUUGCUGAAAAGACUCCACUGCGCACAAACAGAGCAGUAAUUUGCCAAAUAUGACAAAGAAUAUGAAUGCAACAACAAAUGAAAUUGUUGAAGAACAACUUUCUAGUUCACAUACAGCGGCAACUUCCUCGUCUAAUUUAGAUAUGGAAGUUGAAGCUGUGAGAGAAGGCCUUUCAUCUGAGAAACAUGACACAAACAAGGAGAAAGUAGAGGCAAGUGUUCAAGAAAGUCCAAAAUUAGAAGAAGCUGUAAUGUCAAAUGAAGUCCAGGAUUCAAAACUCAAAACCAUACCUGCACCAUUUGCUAGUCAUUUACAAGUUGAAUCAGCACAAGAAACAAUGGAGGAGGCAAAUGUUCUAAAAGGUUAAAGAUCAGGGGAGGCUGUGGUGGCAGAUGAAGUCAUGGAUUCAAAUCUUAGCAACAUAUCCUCGCCAUUUCUAGUGCUUCACAAAUUGAAUCACCACAAGUCCCUUCAAUCUCUGCUCAUGGCAAGCCUCAAAUAGAAAUUUCAACUGCUCCCUUAGAACUAGAGUGCUCACAUUCAGACCUACCAGAUAUUUCAGCAAUUACUGAAUCGGCACAAGAUAAGACUUGGACUGAUGAAGA